AUUCAUAUUGCGUGUAGUUGCGUUCGACAAAGUUCGACAGCGCAAGCCAUUCCCUCCAUUCUCCACUAUUGCUCAAAAGGCUGCAAAAGUGUGCGAAUUGACAUCACUGCGACGGGAGUUCAAACCGUUCAAACUUCAAACGUUUCUCUCUCGCAGCAUCCCAGCAGAUCCGUCAAUAAUCACAUUGAGUGUAAAGUAGUGGGAAAUAGUGUUUACAGGACCCUGAUAAUUUCUGAAGAGAACAAAUGCCAGACAUAAAAGUUACUCCACUUGGUGCUGGGCAGGAUGUGGGUCGUAGCUGUAUCCUUGUUUCCAUGGGUGGCAAAAAUAUUAUGCUGGACUGUGGAAUGCACAUGGGAUUCAACGAUGAGAGACGCUUUCCAGAUUUUUCAUACAUAGUUCCAGAGGGUCCUGCGACCAGUUACAUUGACUGUGUCAUCAUUUCUCAUUUUCAUUUGGAUCACUGUGGCGCUUUACCAUAUUUCACAGAGAUGGUAGGCUACACUGGACCAAUUUACAUGACACAUCCAACCAAGGCUAUCGCGCCGAUUUUGCUGGAAGACAUGAGAAAGGUUGCAGUCGAACGUAAGGGCGAGAGCAAUUUUUUCACAUCGCAGAUGAUUAAGGAUUGCAUGAAGAAAGUUGUCGCCGUUACGCUUCAUCAAUCCGUCAUGGUCGAUCCAGAAUUGGAGAUAAAAGCUUACUAUGCUGGACACGUUCUUGGAGCAGCUAUGUUUUGGAUUCGCGUAGGAUCGCAAUCUAUUGUAUAUACAGGAGAUUAUAAUAUGACGCCAGAUCGACACUUGGGUGCUGCAUGGAUAGACAAGUGCAGGCCAGACUUAUUAAUAUCGGAGUCGACAUAUGCAACUACGAUUAGAGAUUCCAAGAGGUGCAGAGAAAGAGAUUUUCUCAAGAAGGUACACGAAUGCAUCGACAGAGGCGGGAAAGUAUUGAUUCCCGUAUUUGCUCUCGGUCGCGCCCAAGAACUGUGUAUACUUCUGGAAACGUAUUGGGAGAGAAUGAAUCUAAAAGUACCAGUUUAUUUCGCGCUUGGUUUGACCGAGAAGGCCAACAAUUAUUACAAAAUGUUUAUCACCUGGACCAAUCAAAAAAUUAAGAAAACGUUUGUACAGCGGAACAUGUUUGACUUUAAGCACAUAAAACCAUUUGAUAAAGCGUAUAUCGAUAAUCCAGGUGCGAUGGUGGUGUUCGCCACGCCAGGAAUGCUACACGCCGGUCUUUCCCUCCAGAUUUUUAAGAAAUGGGCGCCUAAUGAGUCCAAUAUGGUUAUUAUGCCGGGUUUUUGCGUACAAGGCACCGUGGGACACAAAGUCUUGAACGGCUCGCGAAGAAUAGAGUUUGAAAAUCGACAAAUCGUGGAGGUGAAGAUGGCUGUGGAGUACAUGUCCUUUUCUGCUCACGCCGAUGCAAAAGGAAUAAUGCAGUUGAUACAGUAUUGUGAGCCAAAGAACGUUAUGCUGGUGCACGGAGAAUUCGCUAAGAUGGAAUACUUGAAGGAGAAAAUUAAACAAGAAUUCGGUGUCAAUUGUUAUAAUCCUGCAAACGGCGAAACUUGUAUUAUUACGACUACAUCCAAAGUUCCCGUAGAUGCUUCUCUAGCGUUGCUGAAAACUGAAGCUAAAAGAUACUCUGCCCUGCCGCCUGAUCCAAAGAGACGAAGGCUGCUUCACAGCGUCUUGAUGUUGAGAGAAGACGGUGUCUGUCUUGUAGAUGCGGAUGAGGUUGCAAAGGCUGCAGGUAUAACGAAACACGUGGUCAGGUUCACAUCCACUGUACAAGUAAGGGAUCCCGGUCCAGCGCAUGCUACUACUUUAAAACUAUUGCAACCAUUGAAAGAAAGAUUAUCAGGAUGGACGGUCCAAUUAACGGAUGGUUCUAUAUCGGUAGAAUCCGUUUUGGUAAAGGUGGAAGGAGAUGAAGAUGAUCAAAAGAGUGUUUAUGUUUCAUGGACUAAUCAAGAUGAAGAUUUAGGUAGUUAUAUUCUCGGGUUUCUGCAAACGAUGUUGAAUUAAAGAAAUGGAGAAGAAUAUUAUUAAAAAAGAAAAUUUUAAUCUGUGAUACUGAAACGUGGUUUGCAUUAUCAUUGUUAAAUGAAUGAUUGUAAAUCUAUUUUGUAUCACUUAAUUUUUAGCUCAAUUAAUAUUGCAUAGCACGCAAUAUUAAUUGAGGUAUAAAUAUAUUUUCCAAUACACUGUUAAACAUUGGAUGACAGUUAUUUUUUUAUGUUUUGGAUGUUUGUAUUUAGCUUCAUAGAAUAAGACAACAAAUAUAUAGAAUUACAAAACUAAAUAUGAAAAAUAUUGUACCUGUCACGCAUUCUUUUAGUUACCUGUAAAAUGUCCAUCCUAGAAAGCAAGUAAAUGUAUAUUGCUCAAAGAUAUGCUGUAUAUAAAUGUAGUAUAAUAGUUUUAGAUAGUUAGUCAAAAGGUCUUUACUAAAGUCGAUCUGAAAGUGUAACUUUUAGAAUAAAUUACUUAAACUAGUCUGAAUAGAUAAAUCAAAAUGUGUAUCAUGUUUUAUACUUUAUAAUAUGUAUGUAUGGACGUAUGAAUAUCAAUAAAUAAUGAUAUUUAUUUAAAAGCGUUAUCCACUACUUAACAGAUAAUUGAAAUGAAUGACUAUUCAAGAUUGCAUAAUAUUCAGCAUCAAGUAAAACAGUAAACUUUUAUUAACUAGGAAUAUGCUUUCUAGAUACAAAACGGUAAAUAAGUACGCAGUGUACUAAACAUACAUGCCUCUUACAAAACUCAGUACAAUAACCCUAUUUUUUUUAUGCAACCAAUCGAUUACACAGGUGAACAAAGAACUCUUUAAGUGUACUAAUGUCUAACACAGUACUUUUAAAUAUUCAUGCAAGCAA